ACACACACCUCGUCCAGUUUGUCCGCUUUCACACAUGUCACCACUGUCUUCUCGUCAUGGCUUCCAAGGGGAGAAAAUGGAAGUUUUUACUCCUGCUCAAUGUGCUGGGGCUGGCGGCAAUAUUCAUUCUCUUGACCAACACCAAAUGGUUGCAAAACGGUCUGCUUCUGCCUUCGAAAGCUCCAGUCCUGCCUGAUCCUAGGACGGUGGAGGAGACGACGCAAAUGGAGACGCUGACUGAGCCAGAACUGGAGAAGACAACAAUGGCAUUGGAGAUAACCAACGAGAGCGUGCAGGACACUCUGAAGGAGAGGCUCAGCUACCUGGAGGACAUCGUGUUCAAACACCUGAGCGGUCUUUCCAAACGUCUGGGCCUGGUUGAGGGCUUCGGGGCUCCGGGCUCAGACGGCCGUCCCAUCACGCUGUCCUCGAAAGACCAAGCCGAAGCCCAAACCCUGAAGAUCAAGUACGGCUAUGAUCCCAUCAUGAGCGACAGGAUCUCUCUGGACCGAACCAUUCCGGACUUCAGACCCAGCAAAUGCAAAGAGUACACCUACCCGUCAGAUCUUCCCCAGAUUGGCCUCAUCUUCAUCUUCGUCAAUGAAGCCCUGUCUGUCAUCCUUCGCUCCAUCCACUCAGCUGUCAAUCACACACCUGCCCACCUGCUCAAGGAAAUCAUUCUGGUUGACGACUGCAGCGACGACGAGCAACUGAAAGGCCCGCUGGAGGAGUACGUGAAUAAGCGCUACCCUGGUUUGGUCAAGAUUGUCAGGAAUCAAAAGAGGGAGGGUCUGAUUCGAUCCAGGAUUGAGGGCUGGAAGGUGGCCACCGCCGAGGUGACAGGAAUCUUUGAUGCCCACAUGGAGUUCACCCCCUUCUGGGCUGAGCCGGUUCUGGCGCGGAUCAAAGAGGACCGCACAAGGAUCAUCUUGCCUUCCAUCGACAACAUCAACCAUGAUACCUUCCAGUUGGUCUCCUACGGACAACCGGCCCAUGGCUACGACUGGCAGCUGUGGUGUAAAUACAUCAACCCCUCAAUUAAUUGGAAGGCCCUGAAGGAUGACUCUGCCCCCAUCAGAAGUCCCGCCAUGAUUGGCUGCUCCUUCGUGGUAAACCGAGUCUACUUUGGGGAGCUAGGCUUGUUUGACCCUGACAUGGAAGUCUACGGGGGAGAGAACGUGGAACUAGGUAUCCGGGUGUGGCUGUGUGGUGGCAGCAUGGAGAUGCUGCCGUGCUCCCGCGUAGCUCAUAUCACGCGCUUCAAGAAACCUUACUUGGAACAGUCCCUGGGGGUCCUCAUGCGGCGCAAUGGGAUUCGUGUGGCUGAGGUUUGGUUAGACGAAUACAAGCGCAACUUCUACAUGGCCUGGAACAUUCCAAUGCAGGGUCAUGGUAUCGAUUAUGGAAACAUCACUGAGAGGGUGGAACUCAGGAAGAGACUGCAGUGUAAGAACUUCAAGUGGUACCUCGACAACGUUUACCCUGAGAUGAAGACGCACGAAAGCACCAUCUUGUACGGCACCAUGUACAACUGGAAGGUUGACAAACUGUGUUUGGACCAGGGUGAAAAGGUGGACCAUGCCGCCAUCAUGUUCCCCUGCCAUGGCUAUUCUCCACAGUUGGUGCGCUACACCAAAGACAGCCAGAUUUUCCUGGGUCAGCUGAGCAACAGCUACAUAGACACCCGCUGCCUGGUGGACAUUCUCCCCAAUGACGCACCGCAGCUCCUUGACUGCAACACGGUGUCUAACAUCAGGCAGACCAAGUGGAUUUUCAGUCAGGGCAAUUCGGUCCAAAACUUGGCCACGAAACGCUGCAUGGAGGUGACGCCCAUUCCAACCAACCCGUUCUACAAGGUGGUGAUGCAACGCUGCUCGGGCCAGAAGUGGAACUUGACUAUUCCCGCUGUACGAGUCUGAGUUGUCGUCAUCUGCUUCCAGGACUCUCCGCAAAGCGCCCGGUGAACUCGCUGGAUCGGGCUCAUUUUAAAAUGCGAGUGACAGUUCUCACAUUAGCCAGUAGGAGGCGAUCCAGGGCAUUGAUUGUCGUCUUUUGUAUGUGUCGUAGUGUUCUUUGCGUAUUUAUUGCAUGUGCCCUUGAUAUCAAAACGGCACAUUUAACCAUUUCUGGGCUUUAUUAACUUUGAAGCCAGCUUUUAAAUAUUUUUUUGGCACAUCAUCUCUGGUUUUUAAGAUUUUUUUCGGCUUUAAUUUCACUUUCUCAGUGCUUACAAUUUAUAUGCUGGAGUUAGCAACAGUACUACUGUGGGGGGCGGGGGGCGUCAUAUGUCUAACCAGAUAUAUAACCAAAAAAAUGCCAUUUUAUAUCUGAACAAAAUACAUGUGUACAUGCAAAAUACGUAUUCGUAAUAUAUUUCAUUUUUCGAAAAAGAUCUCUCAAUACAUGUAUCAAAAAUCCACUCUCCUAUCCCAACAACAAAAGGGAUUGAAGCAAACAACAAAAUAAAUAAAACACUGAUUCCCCCCGCCUCUCAGUGCAAAGGGCUCUCUUGCAUAGAAAUUAC